AUGGCGGCGCCGCCGCCGCCCGCCCUCAGCUGGGCGCUGCCCCUGCUGGCGGCGCUGGCGGGCGCCACCGGACCCCAGAGCUUCGAGCUGCCGGGGGCCCCCAUCGACAACAUCGAGGUGAGCGGCGGCGCCGUGCUGGUGGCGGGCGGCAGCUGCCUCUACGAACUGCGGCCCGAGCUGCGGCCCCGGCGCCGCGUGGUGCCGGCGGCGGGGCAGAGCUGCGGGGAGCCCCCCGGCAUGCGCAGCAACCUGCUGCUGUACUACGAGGAGGCCGGCGGGGUGGGCGUCCUGCUGACCGGCUGGACCCAGGAGGACGGUGCCUGCCAGGUGUGGGAACAGCCCUCCUACCGCCAGCGCUUGAACGAAAGAGAGGUGGUCAGUUGCCUGCCCGACGGCUCCACCGCCGGCGUCGUCUUCCAGCAGGCCGGCGCCUGGUACCUGGCUGUGGCGGCCACCUACUCAACCAGCGCUGACACGAACCACUUGCGCUGCGAGCCCUCCAAGUCCGACAAGGAGACCGUCAUCACGGUGCGCAGCAUGGUCAACCUGAAGUCCAAGGAGGAGCUGGGCAUCAUCAAGCGCAGGGAGGAACCUUUACACUUCGUUGACGCGCUCCAAUGGGGAGAUCACCUCUUCUUUCCCUACUACACGUUGAAGGCCAGGUCGGGCAAUGACACGGAACCACCUAGCAUGGCUGUCCUGCGCCAGCUGCCCCCCUCAGAUGGUGGCCUUACUUUGCAAGGGCACGUUUAUUUGGACUGCGGCUGCAGAAGCCUCAUUGUUUCCUCCAGCCUUGUACGCCAGGGUGAGCGGGGCUGGUGGGUGGGUGUUUUCCGCCACAGCCACAAUGCCAAGGCCUGGAACACCACUGCUGUCUGCAUCUUUGAGAUGGAGGAGAUGAAGAAGCAAGCCUGUGCAUCCACACACUUCAAUAUGAACGGGAAGAACUGUGAGGCACCAUCAAUCAAGAAAUUACCUACCUUGAUUCACUCUGGAUUAGUGGCUGUUUAUGGCACAGUUGUUUUGAAUCGGAUAGUUCUCUUUUUGGGAACAGAUGAUGGACAGUUACUGAAGGCUAUUCUUAAUGAGGAUAUGGAAUCUAAUUGCCCAGAGAUUUUAUACGAAAUUGAGGAAGAAACCCCCAUUUUCCAUAAACUUCGACUUGAUCCAGUGAAUAAUAACUACAUCUAUCUGUCCUCUGCCAAUAAGGUGAGAAGAAUACCAGUAGCAAAUUGCGGUAGAUACGCUUUUGAGCAAGAGUGCUUAUCUGCAAAGGAUCCCUACUGUGGUUGGUGUUCUUUGAAUCAAAGGUGCACAUUAAAAGAAAAUUGUACACAUUCAAACAGCAUAAAUGGUUGGUAUAACAUUUCACAUGCACCCAGUAAAGAUCUGGAAAUCCUGCUAAGUUUCCCUGCCAAAAAUCAGGUUGUUGUGACUGCAAAUGUAAGCAAAAUCCUUACUUUCUGUAUGAUAAAAAUUGUAACAUCUGUUGAAAUAUUUUAUGAAAAUGUAGUGCUGAAAAAUUCGUCCUGCUCCUGCAAUCUAACCACUCCGAUGAUAACUGAUAAUGAUUGUCUAAUUCUCGAAGCAUCACUGUCUUCAAGCUCUUGGAAUAUCACACAAACAUUUCAGUCAAAAAACUGCUCACGUUGUAUACACAAGGGUGAAUGUGCCAGCUGUAAAUGGAAUCGCGUCUCUCCUGCCACCACCUGCCAGGAUAAUUGUAAUGCAACUGCUUCCAAGCGGAUCACCACUGCACAGAAAACAGAGCAUAUCAGUAUUCAAUCCAUUGAACCUUUGUGGAUUUCUACAUUAGGCAAAAGUGAAAUAACAGUCAAAGGAGAAAACUUUACACGUGCAUCAGGCAUAAAACUGAUAUUGACUGGAAUCACUGGCUGUAAACCAGACGUCAUUAAAGUUAGAAAUGUGCUAAAUGAUACGCAGAUGACAUUUGCUCUCCCACCAACACGUAAAGAAGCCAAAAGUAUAUGCAUACAGGCUAACGGGAAAAAGUGUUCACCACCAAUGACCCUGCAUUAUGUUUCACUGCCUUCAUGUUCUAGAAUCACACCAAAUACCUCCUGGAUCAGUGGUGGUCGCAAAAUUACUACAAUUGGUAGAAAUUUUAAUGUGGUGGACAGUGUGAUUAUUUCAGAUGACCAGAGAUCAAACCUCACAGUCUCUAGGUGUCCUGGCAAUGCAUCUGAAUAUCAUUACUUAACACCAAGCCUGAGCCAUGCAACUGAGGGGAAAGUUGUUGAUAUGAUGUUAAAAGUGGAUACUACCUUUAUACCAUGUGUCAAAUUACACUAUCACCCUGACCCAGUGUUCAUUAACUACCAGCUGCACACUGAACUGGAUCCUGAUCUGGAAUUAAAAAUAUAUAAAGAAAAUGAUAACUUGAAUAUUUCUAAAACUGAGGUAGAGGUUUAUCUGUCUUAUAUGACUGGUGCACAGACCAAAAAGAUAUGGUUCAGUGUCCAAAAUAUUACCAAAAAGCCAGACCGUAGCACCAUACUGUGCAAAUUCAAAAGGGAAGGAACAGAGAAGAUUGACUUUUCCACAGUGAAAGUUUUUGUCAAAUUGGGAAAUUUUGAGCAUGAAGUCAAACCAACAUCAUCAUACAUAUAUUUGUAUGUUCUUAUUUUGCUACCUAUUGUAGUGGGUGUCAUUAUAGCGGCAUUCAUAGUUACUCGAUACAAAUCCAAAGAGUUAACUCGUAAACAGAGUCAGCAACUUGAACUGCUGGAAUAUGAGAUUCGUAAGGAAAUACGCGAGGGAUUUGCUGAACUGCAGAUGGAUGAAUUAGAUGUGGUGGAUAGUUUUGGAACUGUUCCCUUCCUUGACUACAAACACUUUGCUCUUAGAACCUUCUUUCCAGAGUCAGGAGGCUUUGCAUCCAUCUUCAGUGAAGAAAUGCCACAGAGCAGAGACCAAACGAGCAAGGAUGAAAGCUUCAACAUGUUGCAUGCUUUAAUUUGUAACAAGAACUUUCUUGUUACUCUCAUUCACACCCUUGAAAAGCAGAAAAAUUUCUCUGUGAAAGACAGGUGCUUGUUCGCAUCCUUCUUGACUAUUGCAUUACAAACUAAGCUAGUUUAUCUGACCCAUAUUUUGGAAGUGUUGACAAGGGACUUGAUGGAGCAAUCAAGCAAUGUACAGCCUAAGCUCCUGCUCAGACGAACUGAAUCUGUGGUAGAAAAAUUGCUGACAAACUGGAUGUCUGUCUGCCUCUCUGGAUUUCUCCGGGAGACAAUUGGUGAACCUUUCUAUUUGCUGGUGACAACCCUCAAUCAGAGGAUAAACAAAGGACCUGUUGAUGCGAUAACUUGCAAAGCCCUGUACACACUUAAUGAAGACUGGCUGCUGUGGCAAGUGUCUGAAUUCAAAACAGUGACGGUGAACAUUAUCUUUGAAAAAGUCCCAGAAAAUGAGAGUGGAGAUGCCUGUCAGACUAUCCAGGUUAAUGUUCUGGACUGCGACACCAUAGGCCAAGCCAAGGAGAAGAGCCUUCAGGCUUUCUUUAAUAAGAAUGGCUUUCUCUAUGGCCUUCAGAUGGAUGAAAUCGGUCUUGAACUUGUGUCUGAGGAGCAGCAGAGAGAACUGUUAGAUAUUGAUGGUUCCUCAGAGGUGAUGGAGGAUGGGAUAAGGAAGUUAAAUACCAUCGGUCAUUACGAGAUUUCAAAUGGAGCAACCAUAAAAGUGUUUAAAAAGAAGGCAAAUAUCCGAUCAGAUGUGGACUACUCGGAUGAGCACUGUCAUUUGAUUUUACCAGACUCGGAAGCAAACAAAGAUGUGAAGGGAGCAGGUCACAAAGGAAAGCAAAAAUUCAAAGUGAAAGAAAUGUAUCUCACAAAGCUUCUGUCCACCAAGGUUGCAAUUCAUUCAGUUGUUGAAAAGCUCUUCAGGAGCAUUUGGAGUUUACCCAACAAUAAAGCACCUGUUGCCAUCAAGUACUUUUUUGACUUUCUGGAUGCCCAGGCUGAGAGCAAAAAAAUUACUGACCCUGAUGUGGUCCACAUAUGGAAAACCAACAGUCUUCCUCUUCGCUUCUGGGUGAACAUACUGAAGAAUCCCCAAUUUGUCUUUGAUAUUAAGAAGACUUCACAUAUAGAUGGCUGUUUGUCUGUAAUUGCACAAGCUUUCAUGGAUGCCUUUUCUCUAGCAGAACAGACCCUGGGGAAGGAAGCACCAACAAAUAAACUUCUCUAUGCUAAGGACAUUCCACUCUACAAGAAGGAGGUGAAAGCGUACUACAAAGCCAUCAGGGAUCUGCCUCCACUGACCACUGCAGAGGUUGAAGAAUUUCUAGCUCAGGAAUCUAAGAAACAUGAAAAUGAAUUUAAUGAGAAAGUGGCCUUGUUUGAAAUCUACAGAUACAUAGUGAAAUAUUAUGAUGAGAUUGUCAGCAAACUUGAGCGAGAACGGGGGUUUGAAGAAGUCCAGAAGCAGCUCCAGCAAGUAAAAGCCUUAUUUGAUGAAAAGAAAAAAUGCAAAUGGCUUUGAGCAGAGCACUGACUCACAGCAUCACUGUGGGGAAUUUUAAAUUAGUGCUACUGCUCCUGAAACUGUUUUGACUGAUUAUAUGUACAGGGUUUGAAACAUUUGGACACUCUUCUCCACUCUGACCAUUCAAGUAAUAUCUACAUUUGGAAAUUAAAUACGAGCAGGGUUACGUAUUCAGACACGGGCAUGUGAAAGUGAAUCUGGUGUUGGCAGGGCCAACAUUUUUAGGUACUUGAACACACAUAACCCUUUGGUUCAAAAUACUGUCUAAGUGAGCUUUCUGCUUACUUAAAAACAAGGUCGUAGGAGAUGUGCAAAAUACACUGUAAGUUCAGAGUUGCCUGUGUGAACUUGCAAGUUGCUUAGCUCGUUUUUUAAGAGGGAAAGCUGAUGUUUCGCUACAUCCUUUCAGCAGCUUGGCAAACUGUGAGGGUGAGCUCCGGCUUCAGAAUACGGGUCAGCUGCAGUUUCCUUCCUUCCAGUCAAAUGUUCACUGGUUCCUGUUCAGGGAAAAAAAA